CAUUGGCUGCAAAGCAAAGGUGCUUCCAAACAAUUUUGUGAUUAACUUUAAAAUUGUAAGAUAAAUUGAACUUAAUAAAAGCUCUAUUUCAUGUUAUCGGUUUAAAAAAAAAUGUCAUAUAAAAUGGGUGAUAAGAAAUCUAAACAGAGUGUAAGUGAAAAGAAAAAGAAAGCUGAUAUUGCUAAACAGUUCGAUUUGCCAGAGAGGCAAUCGAAGAUCACUUCGUUACUGAAUCAAGCUGGCCAGGCAUACUGUAUUUGCCGUUCUUCUGAUAGUUCACGGUUUAUGAUUGCUUGUGAUUCUUGCGAGGAGUGGUACCAUGGAGAUUGUAUUAAUAUAUCAGAGAGGGAAGCCAAGUAUAUAAAGAAUUAUUUCUGUGAUCGCUGUAGAGAAGAAGAUCCAACUCUCAAGACAAGGUUUAGGCCACAGAAAAGAGAAAAUGAAGCAGACUCAGGAAGAGAUGAUAUUAAAAAGAAGCGUAAAGAAAAGGACCAUUCAGAGAAUAAAUCAUCCAAGAGACCUGCUAAGGAUGGCUGCGGGGACUGCGCUGGCUGCCUGCAGAUCCAUGACUGUGGGCACUGUGAUGCAUGCGAGGAUAUGUUUAAGUAUGGCGGUAACAACAAGCUCAAGCAGAGGUGUCGUCAAAGAUUAUGCUUCAAGAGCAAGAAGGCGUCUAGGAUAUCAAGUAGUAACCGCAUAAAGAUAAAGAAGAAGCACCACGAGCGUGAAGUUUACGAACCAGAAGAGUCAAUAUCACAUUUGCAGACUGUGGAGCCGCGACAAUGUUACGGGCCGCAAUGUUCCCGCGCGGCGCAAUAUGGAUCUAAGUACUGCUCGGCCCAAUGCGGGAUGCGAUUAGCCACAGCUAGGAUAUAUCAAGUCCUACCGCAAAGAAUACAAGAGUGGUCGCUAGCUACUUGCGUAGCGGAGCAACAAAAUCGCAAGGCCCUAGAAGGGGUACGUAGCAGUCUCGCUCGUGCACAGGCAGCCUUACGAGCUUUGGACAAGCAACAUGUGGAUUUGGACAAUUUGCUCGCCCGAGCCAAGCAUACAACUAUACUGAACAGCGAUGAAAAGGAAGCAGAUGAUGAAACCUCGAUGUACUGCAUCACUUGCGGCCAUGAGAUACACUCUCGCACGGCCGUCAAACAUAUGGAGAAGUGUUUCGUUAAGUACGAAGCACAGGCGUCCUUCGGCAGUCGACACCGGACGCGAAUCGACGGGCAGAGCAUGUUCUGCGAUUACUAUAACCCUAUAAAUGCCACGUAUUGCAAGAGAUUACGGGUGAUGUGCCCGGAACACUUUAAAGAUCCCAAAGUGAGCGACACAGACGUAUGCGGUUGUCCGCUGGUACGCAACGCGUUCGAGCCAACCGGGGAGUUCUGUCGGGCACCAAAGAAGUCCUGCCUCAAGCACUACCAGUGGGAGAAAUUAAGGCGUGCUGAGAUCGAUAUGGAGCGAGUUCGGGAGUGGCUCAGGCUAGAUGAACUGGUUGAACAGGAGAGGAAUAUCAGACUUGCUAUGGCUUCCAGGGCUGGUGUACUCGGCUUAAUGCUACACUCUACAUACAACCACGAGGUGAUGGAGCGGAUAACAAAGGUUAACGAGAAUGGAAAACUCAAGGAGGGGUCAUGACACACGCAGAAACCGAAGCCUAUCUUCAAGAUGCCUAUGCCAGUAAAGUAGACACUGUAGACACCAGUUUGUAACUCACAAAAGUUACUCAACACGAGGAAUGGACCGUUUCGGAAACAUCAACUGCAUCUAUCUGGUUACCAACGAAUGGUUGUAAUAAAAUCAAUAAAUUAUAUUUUUCGUAAAUAUUUUUCCUAGUAACUAAGUUCUUCUCGAUUGUCAAUAUUUCAAUUUAAUUUAUGUUGUAGAUAGAAUAAGUUAUAAUAAAAUUACUUAAUAAAAAUAAAUAAAUGACUCCACUGUCGAAUACUGCGUGCAGUUUUGUAAUUUGGAAAUGGCGCCGCACGGCAUCCAUAUUGAAUUUUUUCAACCAAUUGUCAUUCAGGAUAAGAUAAGAAUUCUAAUCUCAUACAUUUAAGUCAGUCAGUUCAGGCAUAAGUGGAAGAAUACGUAGAUGAUCUAAAUAUAACAGAUAAUAUUAAACAUACUUUUUGGCAAUUUGUUUAAAAAGCGCUUAGUUUCCUACACUGUAUACUAUUUCACAUCCCGCCACAAAAUCUGUCGUCCGGCGAUGAAUUCCGAUGUUCUUCACCAAAUUUUAAUGGGACCAACUAGAUCAAAAAAAAAAAACAAAAUACAAAUCUUUUCCGAUUGGACCGCUUUAAGUUGAUACCUAUUACUAUUGAAUUGUUAAAAAACUUGAGUUUCCUUUCGUUAAAAUGUAGACUUGCUACUUUUUUUGGCUAAAUGGCAGAUUUUUCCCUGCUAGAAUACCUAGUAUGCAGCCAGAAAUGAAAAUAUAUUAUAUGAGACAAUAUGCGGUAACUUUUAUAGGGAAUUCGAAGUAUUUUAAAUAAGGCAAAACGAGUGUAGAUCAUCGGGACGGGCAUUUGCGAUUUGCAAUGUUUACGUGAUUGAAGAUUUCGAAUAGUGGGUGAUUAAAGCUACAAGACCAAGAACAGAUAUAUUAUUCGCCCAAACCUCAGCCAUUUUUUUUAAUAUUUUGAAAUACUACCUGUACCUUAAUAUCAUAGGUUUGUAUAUUUGGCAUUUUAACGAUUGAAAAAUCUUCAUUUUUGGUAUCUGAUUUAUUGAGGUAAGUUUAGGAUCGGUUGCAGUACGCUGUGUCAUGUAAUUUACGCGGGUGAAGCCGCAGGGCACAUCUAGUUUUAAAAAAAUUGUGUUUAAAUAUUCGUGGAUUUAUUAAUAGCCUUUCAAUAAAAAAAAAACUUUUUAUUAAUCAACAGUGAGUGAAAUUGUCUUCCUGGCUUAUAUUGUUUGUAAAUCUGUGUAAAUAUAUUUCGUGUCAUGUCUAAAAUUAUUGGGAGUUGAAAUAAUUAAAAAUUAAAUGAAA